CGCUGCACACUCUCUCUGUCCUCAAUACACGGAUCUCGUCACACGAAUAAUUUUCCAGCCAAUUACGCACAAUGUGGAAUAUUUCAAACAGCCGCAGGAGGAAAACUCGCAACUUGGUGGGAUUUCAUUCGGGAACGUGUCCUUUGCGCGCACCUGGAGCAACCGGAGACAUGCAGGAACAGCAAAUUGUAGCCGGUUUAUGAUACCGAGCCUCCGUGUAGCCUGUCUCCGAUUUCUUCCUGGGAUGGGGAGCAGCGCAUGGAGCUGCGGUGCCCUGUUCCUGCUGGCCAUCGUUUGCUCAUGCCGUGCCAUCACUCUGGAGUCUAUCCACUGGAGCAGCUCCAAUGCCAAGUUUACUCCAGGUCAGGGUCUCAUUCUGUAUCCACAGAUAGGGGACAAGAUGGACAUUGUGUGCCCCAGGGCAGAUGCUUCCUCUGGGGGAAAGGAGGAGUUCUACAGAGUCUUCCUGGUCUCGCGAAGUCAGCUGGAGAGCUGCACCAUUGACCAGACUGACACGCCUCUGCUGAACUGCGACAAACCAAACCGUGAUGUAAAGUUCACGUUCAAGUUUCAGGAAUUCAGCCCCAACUUGUGGGGUCUGGAGUUCCUCAGGGGGAAGGACUAUUACAUAACCUCCACCUCCACGGGCUUCCUGCAGGGUCUGGAUAACACUAAUGGAGGGGUGUGCAGGACCAAAUCCAUGAAGCUGGUGCUGAGAGUCGGCCAGAACUCUUCAGAUCCACCUUCAACACUUCAGGAGUCCCCCACCAGAUUCCCACCUACACGACCAAAGUCCAAGGCCAAGGACGCCUCCACGAAAGAAGAGGAUAUAAAAAGUAAAGCUGAUGUGGGCUCGGAGACAGGACUCUUCACGUGGGUUGUCUCUGGCUGUGUGGUCCUGCUCGUGGUCAUCAUAGUUCUGUUGGCUGUGUUGUGGAGGCACCGUCACCGUCGCUGCGUCCCGGAUGGGCAGCAGUCCGCCUCCGUGUCCCUCAACACUUUGGGCGUGCCGAAACGGGACAGCAUCAGCAGCGACAACAACGGCUCGGACCGCAGCGACGUCGUCUUUCCUCUGCGGGCUUCCGACAGCAUGAUCUGCCGUCACUUUGAGCGCGUGAGCAGUGACUACGGGCCCCCUGUGUACAUAGUUCAGGAGAUAAUGCCCCAGAGUCCCACCAACAUCUACUACAAAGUCUAAUGCUUGCUGCUCUGAUGACACUUCUCUGCUGAUAUGAAGGUAAUCAUGAAUCUCAGUUACUGAGGACAAUCUGAGAGCUGUGCGCGGUCCAAAAAAAAAAUACAGAUAAAGAGCGAGAGCUCCUCAGUGAAGUGACAAGACAAUCAGACAGCAAACUGGGGUCUUAACAUAUCAUUGGUAGUUGUAUCCAGUUUGUUUUUUGUCAGAUAUGCUUGGAAAUGGGGGAGGGAUGUAUUUAUAAGAAAUUCUUUAUUACUGCCACCAACACGUGGCAGCUUUAGAUGUACAGUAAAUGUGUAUUUAAUAUUAAUUUAUUGAUGAAUUGGUUUAAGGAAAAGUGGGGAAAAAGCUUAAAAACUGCACUGCAGAGCAUUAAAUUCAUGAGCACUUUGAGGUUUUUCACAGCCGAAAUGUGUUGACUUUGUUUGAACCGAAAUGAAAGUCAUGAUUUUGUGGAUUUUAUUAAAAUGAAAGUGUUUCAAGGGACUCCUCACCCAGUCUUUGUGAUCUGUUUCUACUUAAGGAUUCAAUCACGUGUGAACAUCAGUUUAAAGGGAAAAGGUGUUUAACUUACUUUUAGGACACCGUAAAAUAAAGUAAGUGUCUUCAGUUUCCCAAAGGUGAAGUGUUGUAAAUGAACAAAAGGGUGAUGUAUGUGGUUAGAUACUAAUAUUACACAGUGAGUACCACAGCACUCCGAUCUGUUAAAUAUAACCACUCAGUUAUACUUCAAGUACUUUUAUAGACUCCAUCGCCUUAACAGAGCUUUUCUAGUCUUAUUGAUCACUCAGUGCUUUUACACUAAACUAAAUUCACCCAAUUCAACACUUACCGCUCUUUAUUUAUCAGACACACUCACGCUGAUGGACAUGCAAGCUGAUCAAGCCACCCUUAGAUUAGCAGACAGCUGUCUUUGCCCUACAUCAUGCUUUGAUGCAAACAGUUGCUUUGGUAAAGUUAAGUUUAACCUUAAGCUGCUCUCUGAGUGGCUUUCAGGGGGAGGUGCUGGAUGAAUGAAAUUAGGCUCUGAGCUUUUCUCAUCAUUAAACCUCUAAUGGUGCUCCUGGGAAACUGACUUUCACUCUGGGGUAAACACCAUCAUUUAAAAA